AUGUUCUCGACAUUUACUGGCAACUCCCGGCGGCCGAGGAACGUCAACCUGAGCGGACAAGCCAGCAACCCCUUCUCCAACACAUCAUGGAGCCCCUCGGCCGUCUCAAACGCUACAAAGACCGUGUCGGAUGCGCAGGCCGAAAGAGAGAAGCGACAGGCGGAACGGCGGCGCUUGAAGGCCGCUUCGCAGAUACAGAGAACAUGGCGAGGGUAUAGAUCGCGGGCUGCGCUGAGGGACGAGCACAGACAUGACUUCGACCUUGUCUACGGAUCACGACCGGACCUCGAUGCUGCUCAGAGACUAUUUGCUUCUUUCCCUCUGCUUCUUUCCUUCUUCUCAGCCAAUCGAGCCGACGACCUACAGCGUCUACUCCUGUUCGUCAACGACUGUAAUAGCACUUCUCUUCAGCAACUCUUUGACGCCAGUCGCCAUCCCUCACGCCUUCGCAAAUUUAUGAGAGUCCUUGUGAAAGCCCUGGGUGUUUUAGUUCUCAGAGAUGAUGCGUCGCUCGAAAUACGGCAUCUCCUUGCGUUGAUCAACCGUUUGACUACCAGCUCGCCCUCUACGAUACUUGAAUCGAUUGACGAAUACUAUACGGCCUUGGCUAGGCUUUGCCAAUUGAAGCAUGGCGACGAAUGGGUACAGGUUCUUCUCGAGUCACUCCCAGCACCACUAGAACGCGAUGCAUACCGGGCAUUUGCACUCCGAUUCCUAUCGACAGAGAACCUCCAACUAUUCGAGAAGUACAUCGAACAAGUAGCCCAGACCAUCGACGCAGAGAAGGUUGCCAUUGAGAUUCUCGAAGCGUACAACGGCAAGCCAGAGUCAUUACCAGAAAAGGACCGUCUCUUCUGGCUUCUGGCUCAUUAUAUAGAUUUGAGCAGGGCGCAAAAGAGAUCGACGCAGAACCUGUUGCAUCUGACUGCCACUUUCACACAGCUAUCUGCUCUGUCUUCCGAUAUCAGUAUUCGAAUAAGCACACAGCCAUCUUCCGACCAACGCGACGAUGCGGCCACCGAUUCCCUUGUAUUUCCCUCAUCGUCAUAUGUCUCCAUUCAGCUAUUGCGACUGAUUGACAGUAAUGGCAUCUCCAACCUCCUGCAUGACUUCUCCACGAGUCUGGCGCAGUCUUCAGGCCGAGAACUGGAAGGCAGCGAGCUGCUUGCUGGGUACAUCUUGGCUUUGCUUCAGAGCUUUCCGAGCCGAGCGGAUGAUACCCGAAUGAGGCUAUUUCUCGAAGAGAUCCCUACCGCAGGAGGGAGCACUCCCAUUGUCAAAUUCCUAUGGCAGAUGAUGACCAGAACUUCAGUGUUCCAGAAGUUGAGAACAGAAUCCGAACGGCCAGCAAAGAUACUUCACAGGUAUUUCUACGAGGCUUCAUCCCAGCCAUCAGUACACGCGGAAGAACAGGAAUGGAGGAUUAUCCUCUUAUUCUUAGAACUGUACACAUUCAUUCUCAGAAUCAGCGACGAUGAAGACUUCUUGAGCGGCAUAUAUCCUCAGGUCCUGAGCAGCGACGUGCCUCAAUCACGCACCCGAUCAUGCAGCUUGGCGUUAAAGGACGUCGAAGCGCUCAUCACAUUCCUUAAGAAUACUUCAUUCACUCUGCAUUACAGUGUCCAAGAAAUCACUCAGACUCGAGCGGCUGUUGACGCAUCAACACAAGCCCGGUUGGACCUCUAUUGGGGGGACCCAUCGAAGAACCAGGGCGAACCCAAGGAUUCCAGCAAGGCUUCGACCUCAAGAGUCUCUACGAAGCUUGAUCUGGAGAGCCUCCGCGCCAUCAUCACCUCUGCGCUGAAAAUGCUGUAUGAGAGGGACUCGCGGAAGCAUUUCCUACCGGCCGAUCACUGGCUUAUGACGAGCAAGUUGGAGAAGGAAGACUUCAUUGGGGCUGUCAUAGCGGAGGAGGAGAGGCAGAUCCAGGAACAGGCCGAUGGCAGCGAUGCCGAGGCAGAUGAGGAUGCAGAAGCUUCAUACGCUGACGGUUUCGGGAUGCACUCAAGUUUCGCCGCGCAACGGCUUUCCCGCAACGUCAGACUGGAAAGGCUCAAAGCGAACCAGAUACGCGCCCAGAGAGAACGACGACUGGCCGAGAUGGGCCCCAAGCUGGAGCUGCUAAAGCACAUCCCAUUCGUUGUUCCGUUUGAGACGCGUGUGAUGAUCUUUCGGCAAUUCAUCUAUCUCGACAGGCUUCGUAGAGGUGGCAACUAUGGGAUGAUGAUGCCUCCUAUGGGGAGGCACCACGCAAAGAUCCGCCGUGGCCAAUUGUUCGACGAUGCAUUCGAGCAGUUUUAUCAGUUAGGAGAUGGCCUCAAAGAUCCCAUUCAGAUCACGUUUGUGGACCAGUUCGGCACGCCCGAGGCGGGCAUUGAUGGUGGCGGUGUUACCAAGGAAUUCCUCACCAGCGUUACGGCGGAAGCUUUUGGAAACGAGCACGGGGGGUUCGGCUUGUUCACGCGAAGUCGCAAAGAGCUGCUAUAUCCCAAUCCAACGGCCAUGGACGUGCUCCGCGAAUCGCUGCGGAAGCAAGGACUGGUGGAAUCCGAUCCCGAAUGGCGGGAAGCGGUGUCUGAUCUGCUGAGGCGCUAUGAGUUCCUUGGCCGCAUCGUAGGAAAGUGCAUGUACGAGGGUAUCCUCGUCGACCUUGCAUUUGCGGGAUUCUUCCUCCUGAAAUGGCCGUCGCCCAGCCGAAAGGAAGAAAACAGCUACAAGGGCAGUGUCAACGACCUCCAAGACAUGGACGAGGAGCUAUACAAUGGUCUCCUCCGCCUCAAGAAUUAUCCCGGCGAUGUGUCGGAGCUGGGGCUUGACUUUACCGUCACGGACCAGAUCUCUGCCCCGGGUGAGCCGGUCAAGAUUGUCACCAGAAAGCUGGUGCCCAACGGCGACGAGAUACCGGUGACAAAUGACAACCGGCUGCUGUACAUCUCAUACGCGGCUCGCCACCGCCUCGUCGUGCAGCCAGCUCCUCAGACCAAUGCUUUCUUGCGCGGGCUCCGCGAGAUCAUUCGGCCCUCGUGGCUGUCCAUGUUCAACCAAUCUGAGCUGCAGCGCUUGGUUGGCGGCGACUCGAUGGAGAUUGAUGUCGAGGACCUCCGCCGUAACACGGUCUACAGCGGCCUUUACGCCAUAGGCGAUGACGGGGAGGAACACGAGACGAUCAAGAUGUUCUGGAAUGUCAUGAGGGGCUUCACCGACGCCCAGAGGCGGGACGUUCUCAAGUACGUUACGUCGACACCAAGAGCGCCGCUGCUUGGCUUCUCACAGCUGAAUCCCAAGUUUGCCAUUCGAGAUGGGAGCUCGGACCAAGAGCGGUUACCAAGCACGAGUACGUGUGUCAAUUUGUUGAAGCUGCCGGUUUACAAGUCGGAGGAGACUCUGCGUCAGAAACUGCUCUACGCGAUUUCGUCGGGGGCCGGGUUCGAUUUGAGUUGA